AUGAGAAUUCGGCGUCUGUUGAGGGCAAGGCAAGAAGCCACCGGCUUAGGGAAGGCCUUGUCUCCCUUGUGUUUGGUCAGGGGGUCCCGUUGCGAGACCCAACCCGCCGUCACGAUUGCUUCCCAUCUGCGCAUCCAGUCCAUCAUCUCCCCUCCCGAGCCGCCCGACGACCAGUCGGCCGCGGCAACGCCGUCAUUCGAACAACAGCAGCACCCCACUCCAAAGAGGAAGUUCCACGACGCCUUCACCGCACCGGCGCCCGAUGCGCCCAUCGAACCGGCCGAGCCGCCUGCGCCGCCGCACCCCCAUCCGCUGCCCCAACGCUUGCCCAACAUACGCCAGCCGCUACCGCACAGUCCGCCACGGCCCGCUACGGUCGGAGCGGCCCGCACCCAGGGCCACCCCGCCGCCGCAGCCGUGAGCGCCGACGAUGACAACAGGUCGCCCGUCCAGGCUUCCAUGAUGGCAGGUAGCCCUGGCAGCCCCGGCGCUAUCGACAGCAAAAAGGGGAUCAAGCGAACUCCCUUGAGAUCCAGCAUUGCCUGUCAACGCUGCCGGAAAUCCAAAAUAAAAUGCAACAAUACGGGAGGCGACCAGCCCUGCGAGACGUGUAUCCGAAAUGGCAAGGAGUGUACCUACCCCGAGGUCACGCCCGCCCCGCCGAAGCGAUCCGAGCCGCCUUCCGGCGCCAAGAUGGAGCAGGGCUCAGAGCGGAAACGUCUGCGGCGGAUUGAAGAUAUUGUCAAAAUGGAAGGUUCCGUUCCGGCCGCCGUCGUUGCCGAAGAUGUCCUGUCGGCACCCUUCCUCACCGGGACAAUAUGGAACCAGCUGUUUGACAUCUACAGAUUGCACUUCGCGACUGAGCUGCCCUUUCUCCAUCUGGCCACGUUGAAGGAAAAGCAGGGCAACAGGUCCAAGGCGAAGCCUACCGACACCUCGCCCGAGAUCAACCUCGUGCUGUUGGGCAUUCUCACACUCACAGCGCGGUUCCACGGCACCUUGGUUUCGUAUAUCACAGCGCCCAGGAACAGCCCGGCAGCGUCCGGCAUGCCGAAACCCCGACCCGCCGGCGGCCCGGCCUCGGAUGCCGCAGCGGCCUCGGAGUAUUACGCCGACGUCCUCACCAAGGCCCUCGGCGGCCUGAGGACCAGCAUGACCGUGGCUUCGGUGGAGCGAGUCCAGGCUUUCUUGAUGCUCGGUCUUUAUGAAUGGAGCCAAGCCCGACCGAGGGUCGGGGGGAUGGCCGCCUGGAUGUACGUCGGCGUCGCUAUCCGGAUGUCCCAAGCGCUAGGGCUAGGGGACGGGGAUAAAGAACCCAACAAGGUUUUUCGGCCCCGGCCGAUCAAGCCCGCCCAACAGACCAUGACGAUCACCGCCAGGGAGAUCAGAAGGCGUACUAUGUUCAGCUGUCUAAUCUUAGACCGAUUGUUGGGCUGCGGCAAGGAUCGGGUUUCGACGAUUCGCUCCGAAGAUCUACGAAUCCAGCUACCGUGUGCCGAAGUCUCCUUUGACCUCGGCCACGACGUCUACACGGGCUUUUUGAAACCCGCCUCGGGAGUCGAAACGACGCGCCCCAUCUCCGACAGCGUGCUCGGCCGCUUUGUUCGCCUCGUGGACCUCUGGGGCGAAAUCUCCAAGUGGAGUUUCUCAGGCGGCCGAUUUACGGAAGAAGAGCGCCCUCCAUGGUCGCGCGAGUCGAACUUCUUCGGACUGCGUAAGAAACUCGAGGAUUUCUACGAGGGACUUCCGGACGAAUUCAGGUGGUCGGACAGUAACUAUUACAAGCACGAAAACCACCAAGCCAGCAGCGUGUACGUUUCGCUACACAUGCUUGGCGCCGUGUGUAGGAUUAUGCUCCACCGCGAGUACAUACCCUUCAUCCCCAUCCUCUGCGAAAAACCGGUUGGUCCUCUUGACGAGCCCACAUUCGCGCCCGGGCAAGAGCCGCAGGGGUUCUGGGAGGCCAGUGCCGAGGAGAUCUUCAGCGCGGCCAAGGACAUUGUCGACCUCGCCGAGAUCUGCCGCGAUAAGUUGCCCAUGUCAUCUCUCGUCCUGUUCGCGGUCUGGACCGCUGCCUUUGUCGGCAUCUACGCAGUCCACUUCCCGCACAUUGACACCAAGGGGCAUAUGCUCCCCAAGGAAGACGUCAGCACACCUGUCGACGUAACCAGGCACGGCCCGACGGGGCUCACAUACAAGUUGUUGACGCACAUGUCGCUGUGGCUCAAGCUGGCCGAGACAUAUGUCAGUUACUUUGGCGAGAUGGAUCGGUACUACGACACGGUCAAACAAGACUACGAAAGGCAUAUCGGCGGUCGCAUAGGUGGCGGCGGUUUGGAGGAGUGGAAGGAACGGGCUUUCAAGGUGGUCAACAACGGCGAGAUACUUGUGGUCGACGAAGGCAAGAGUUCCUCACGCGACAGCACCGUGGAACCCGGCUCCUCGGUCGGCCCAGACAGCAACCACCCGACCGACCACGCCAAGACGCCCCGGUCCACGUCCAUGUCAUUCACGCCCAUCAACACGUCGCAAUCGCACGCUAGCCAGCCAGACGAAGCCGCUGCCGAAGCGGCCGCCUCCACACUCUGGCGCAUCCAGCAACCCCACGGGCACCACAGCCAACACCAGCAUCAACAACACCAGCACCAGAAUUCGCAUCAGCACCAACAGCCCUCACCCUCGCAAUCCUCGUGCGCCGUGCCCUCGCCGCAGCUGUCGCAGCACCCGCAUCCGCACUCGCACCCGGGGGGCAUGACAGCGAUGCCGAAACUGCCACCGUACGCGCCCAGUGAGGUGGCCGAGUACGUGGAGCAGAACCAGUCCAUGCCGUGGAAUCUAGCGCCGGGCGGCGUGGACCAGUUCGCCCACGGCACCGAGGACAUGGUGCUAGAUGGCGGGCCCAUCUACUGGCCAGGUGUGCCGGAGGGGUGGGCGGUGGGCAUGAUGUCGCAGCAUGUGGCGAGUUAUUCUUCUUAUUAG